CUGUCCUGUGAUUGGCGGCCGGGGGGUGGGGGUGGGGAGGAGAACGCUUCGUUCUAACAUAGGAUUGGUCCCGACCUCGGUCACGUGGGGGAGAUUGGCGAGCAAGCGCGUGCCGAUCCCCGGGCUGGAUGCGGCGCCCUUCUCUCACCUACAUGUGGAAGCAUCUGCUGGGAGUGACGGCCAGAGCCAUGUCUGGAGGGGGAGCCCGUCUUCAGCGUCCCCCGAAGGACCCGCUGCGGCACCUUCGCACGCGGGAGAAACGCCACGGGGCCAUUGACCGCAAGGGCCCCAACACCGUUUACGUACAGGUGGUGGCAGGAGGAUCGCGAGACAUGGGAGCGGCGGUCUACGUCUUCUCUGAGUACAACCGGUAUCUUUUUAAUUGUGGAGAAGGAAUACAGCGCCUUAUGCAGGAGCACAAGUUAAAAGUGGCUCAUUUAGACAAUAUCUUCCUCACUAGAAUGAAUUGGGCAAAUGUUGGUGGUUUGUCUGGAAUGAUUCUUACCUUAAAGGAAACAAGAGUUCCUAAAUGCAUUCUUUCUGGACCACCACAACUGCAAAAAUAUUUAGAAGCAAUCAAAGUAUUUGCUGGUUCAAUGAAAGGAAUGGAGAUAGUUGUGCAGUCUUUUUUGGCUACAGAAUAUGAGGAUGAAACAAUGGUAGUACAACAGGUCCCUCUGGUAGCAAAAGCUGACUGUGAGCAAAGGAUACAUCCAGACUCUAAAUCGCUAAUAGACGAGGAUGAUCAAAAACAUAUCUCAAGGCCAGAAUCUCCCUCUGAUAUGAAUAAAAAAUCACCUGAUAGAACAGGCAGCAGGAGACAGAUACUUGAAAGGGACUCAUCUCUUGUUGUUGCAUAUGUUUGUAAGGUCCAUCCAAAGAAAGGAACCUUCUUAGUUUUAAAAGCAAAGGAACUUGGCUUGCCUAUUGGCAACGCAGCAAUUGCGCCCAUAAUAACAGCUGUGAAGAAUGGAGAGAAUAUCGUGUUUGAAGGAAAAGAGAUCUUGGCUGAAGAACUUUGUACGCCUCCAGAGCCAAGUUUAGUGUUCAUUGUACUGGAGUGCCCUCAUGAAGGUUUUAUAGAUGCCGUCUGUGAAAACAGUACACUGCUAAGGUAUCAACAAGACAAUCCAGAAAAUUCUGUGGCUUUAAUUGUUCAUAUCACUCCAGACUCUGUUCUGAAAGAUAGUCGGUAUAAGCAGUGGUUAGAAAGCUUUGGUGAAAAUACUCAACACCUGAUACUCAACGAAAAUUGCAAGUCAAUACAUCAUCUUCACAGCUACAGAAUUCAAAGUCAGCUCAAUUACAUACAUCCAAAGAUCUUUCCAUUGCUUAAAAACCACCACCCAAGCAAGGAAGAAGAGGCUGAGUUCAGUGUGCCUGUGACUCAAGGAGAAUGCCUCCUCAAAUACCAGCUGAGACCCAAAAGAGAAUGGCAGAAGGACGCUGUUUUUAAUUACAAUCCUGCUGAAUAUGUAGUUGAAGCCUUGCAACUCCCUGACUUCCAGGAUUCGGUGCAGACAUGCCAUGAGAGCUUGUCAGUGAAACCAGCAACAUCAGAAACCCAAGAUUGCUAUCCAGAAAUUGUAUUCUUAGGAACUGGCUCUGCAGUACCAAUGAAAAUACGGAAUGUUAGCUCUACCCUGGUAAAUAUUAGUCCUACUCAAUCUGUUCUUCUGGAUUGUGGGGAAGGAACCUUUGGCCAACUUUGCCGCCACUAUGGAGAUGAAAUUGACAAAAUGUUAUGCAACAUUGCAGCAAUAUUUGUUUCACAUAUACAUGCUGAUCAUCAUACAGGCUUGUUAAAUAUCUUACUGCAGAGACAUCGUGCACUUGUAUCCCAGGGUGAGUCUCACAACCCACUGUUAUUAGUUGCACCCACAAUACUUUGGACAUGGCUGCAUCAAUACCAUGAUAACUGUCAAGAGAUCCUGGGUCACAUCAAAAUGAUUCCUGCCCAGUUUUUAAAAGAAAACGCUAAUGUGUUCAAACCCAAUGCAAAGGUGUACAUUGAAUCGCUUAUGAAGAAAUGUGACUUCAGGGAGUUUCAGACAUGCGAAGUCCGGCACUGUAAAAAUGCCUUUGGUUGUUCCAUGGUCCAUAAAUCUGGUUGGAAAGUGGUCUAUUCUGGUGACACCAUGCCAUGUGCUGCUUUAAUUGACAUGGGAAAAGAUGCUUCUUUGUUGAUUCAUGAAGCAACCCUGGAGGAUGGAAUGGAAGAGGAAGCUAUAGAGAAGACACACAGCACUACUUCACAGGCUGUUGAAGUCGGAAUGAGAAUGAAUGCAAAAUUCAUCAUGCUCAAUCACUUCAGUCAACGCUAUGCUAAGAUUCCUCUUUUCAGUGAAGAUUUCAGUGAAAAGGUUGGAAUUGCAUUUGAUCACAUGCAGGUUUGUUUUGAAGAUUUCGAUGCCAUUCCAAAACUGAUCCUUCCUCUGAAGGCCUUGUUUGCAGAUGAGAUUGAAGAGAUGGAGGAGCGCCGGGAGAAGCGAGAAUUGCGCCAAUUGAAAGAGGCGUACAAAGCUUCCCAGACUGUUGUGGGGAACAGAUCACCAGCCAAAACGAAAUUGGAACACACAGAGGAUUCUGUUGGAGCACCAAAUAAAAAACUUAAAACUACCAAUUAAGCAAAGCAGCAAGGUAGCUGCUGUUCUAUCAGGGAGAGUGACUUUAGCAUAUGACAUCUGAUAUGUAUGAGGCUGAAGACUCUAGGAGGUAUCGAUGCAUUGAACUUUGCCAGAUGGUUGGCUCUGGAUAAAUUGCUUGUGUUCCCACUACAAAGCAGAGUUCCUACUGAACAUGUUAAUAGCAUAGCUAACAAAAUGUACUUCCCAGCUGCAUUAUCUGGAAACACUGAUCCGAUGGCUCAUUUUCCCGUCUGCUGAAAAUAUUUUAUUAUAUGGUCAUUGAGAAAAAUAAUGGUUAAUUUCUUUUUUUUUAAAAAAAAACAACCUUUAAGCUCAAUAAGCUUGUAGUGUUGUGAUUAUAUACACUUCUGGAGUUGUCACUGUUUAUCUAAAAUCAAUUUUGCAGCAUUCUUCCUAUGAGGCUGUUUAUAGCACAACAUUUAAAAUACUCAUAUUUUUAAAUUCAAGGACCCAGUAAAUAAAAUGUACAGCAUGGAU